AUGGGAGUGCUCAUGUCAAAGAAGCAGCAGGUGGAGAAGGUGCAGAAAUGCAACGCUGUGGUCUCUGCCUUCCAGGCGGGCAUUAAGGACCGUCCUCCCCCCGCCAAACUCGAUGAAGAAGCAGACGAAGGCGAAGCCCAAGCAAAACCUUCGGCCAAUGCUGAUGAGAAGACCAGAGAGGAAGAGCCAGAGGAAACGGACAAUAACCCAGGUCCAUCAAGCUCGCAGCAGCCGGCGAAGGACGACUGUAAGGUCAACCAGGAGGCUUGGUCGAGGUUACGGGACGGGAAAGGAGUGGAACCGGAGGAUCUCGACAAGACCCAUCAGCUCACGCCUCCUGCUUUCGUGCGGCCCAAAAGGGAAGCAGAUGACGACCAGCCCGUAGAGGUGGAACUGAAAAAGAAAGAGCAGCCAUCGAGCGAUGAGAUGUGUGACGUGUGUGAGGUGUGGACAGCCGACGACUUGUACCCCUGCAGGAUCUGCACUCGGAUGUUCCACGACGGCUGCCUGAGGGAGCUGGGCUACCUGCGUGCCGAGGCUCUGCAGGAGAUGAGAGACACGGCCCACACCGUCACUGGAUGGAGCUGCUACUAUUGUGAUAAUCUAAAUCUGCUGCUAACAGAGGAGGAGAUGUAUAGCCUCAUGGAGAAUUUCAAGCAGUGCAAGAUCAUUCCAGAGUCCUGCCUGGUGUCAGAUGAGCUUCUGCAGUACCGCCAUCAUGCAUCCAAGCAGCUAUUUGACAAGGAUCUGACCGAUGAGCAGGAGGAGGAAGUCCUGGCCCAGUUUGCCGCGUUGGAUCCUGAGAAGAAGGGUCACAUUGAGUGGUCUGACUUCCUUUACUUCGAGUCUCUUGUGGUGUUGAAGAAGUUUCGCUCAGAGAACUCAAUGGUGCGUCUGCUGACCGCCAAGGAGAGGAACACGGCUCGGACAGUGUUCCUUGGUCUGGACCUGGAUGAAGACGGCGUGAUCACAAGAGCAGAAUCCCGCCAGGCCCAGCAGUCCUGGUUCCACAAACUCAACAAAGACUCGCAGUCCUGCAACGUGAGACUCAUGGGACUCUGCUCUCCUAUGAAUUGUGGUAUAAGUAAUGUGGGCCCAAUAUGUGAGAGCAGUCCAGCCAGCUCUGGCAGUGAAAGGAGCAAGACUGAUGAAAACAGGCCAGCGACCUGGGCAGACUUUUUAAGGGAGAGUGCCAUCUACAUUUUGGCUGGGCGGCCCAAUAGUUCUGCCAUGCACAUCCGUUUGCCUCUAUAGUCCAGGAUCCUCUACUGCACCCCAGCAGAGAGAGAGGGAAAAGAGAGAUGGGUAAUCCUAUAGUCUAUACAGAUGAGCGGAGGAAAAUUGACGUGAAGACCCGAUGACACGCGGAGGGUGAACUGGAUGAAGUUCUUAAAGACAGCAGAUCAAGCCAUCGAGAGAAUCUCUCCUCCUCUGCACCAACCCCACCCCCCACACUACACUUGACAACACACAACGCUGAUUGACACGACGCGAGUGACAGCAGCCGUCACAUGUCACGACUCCCAAAACUUCCAACAAAUACCAGAGACAGGACAAGGAAGACAACCGCCCACCCAGUCAGUGAAAUACUUCAAGUGUAGCAAUCAUUCUUCCACUCAGACAAGCUCCUAGGAUACUCACACUCUAUUAAAAUGACAUACCACACACUCUAUGACCGCACCAGAUACAUAACACACCUCUCCGCGCAAGUACGUCAAUGUGACAGGAUGUUACUAUUUCAGAGAUUCAUUCCUUUGGGUCUCAUCAUUUCCUAAAAAUCGUUCCAUGCUACUGUAAUGGGAUCGCGUUAUUAUUCACCAUGGAAAUGUUUAUCACAUUACACAGAGGCACAUGCAUUGAGACUUCUGUGAGGAGAUUAACAGCUGCCAUUACCAGAACGUAUACCAAAGCGGGAAUGAAAAGCUAUCUACGUACCUGCUAUUAUACGAGAACUGCUAUUCAUACCAGUAUAAAUUAUUAUAAUGCAUUAAAGAGCUGUAUUUAUUCCUGUAUCCUCUGAUGUAUUCCCCUCCCCCCAGUCUCAUCUAAGAGUCUAUGUUCUUCUGAAGUACUAACCAUGAAAAAAAAGGUUGUGAACGUUUAAUGAAAGCUAACCCAGUUAAAAAGACGUGCAUAUACUGCCAUGUAGUACAUUUCUUUGUUCCUGUUAUGCUCUGAGAUUUGACAAGGUGGAAACAUCUGAUGCCCUGUCCUAGUGUCAUUAUUUGCACUGUGGGAAUGAGAUGCGGGUGGACUACUGUGUGACAUAAUCACUGUAAUUACAAUAAUGAAAGACCAUUGAAGGUCUUUGUUGAUAUGAAGAUGCUAUGUUAUGGAAAAUGUGAUGGGAAUUAUAUAAAGUUAUAGAUUGUACAACAUUUUAAAUGCACAUGAAACUGCCUGUAGAAUCACUGGAAACAUGUUGAGUGUUUAUGCCAUGUAAUGAAGGUCCUCUGAGUUAAUAAAGUAUGAUUAUGACAUGG